AUGGAAACCCUUCGAGCUAGGCAGACUCGACCGAUUGGGCUUGGAGAUGCACCAAACCGCCAUCAACAAAAACAAGGAAUCGUCCCACCUCCUGUCCAGAACCACAACUUUGAGAUCAAGCCAGGAAUGAUCAAUCUGGUGCAGAACAAGAUGUUUCAUGGGUUACCAAGUGAAGACCCAAUGGAUCACCUUGAUGAGUUUGAUAGGUUGUGUGAUAUGACCAAGUUAAAUGGUGUCUCUGAAGAUGCCAUCAAGAUGAGACUCUUCCCUAUGUCUCUUUCUGAUAAGGCUCACCAAUGGGAGAAGAGCCUGUCCCAUGGUACAAUCACUACAUGGGAUGAGUGCAAGAAAGCAUUUCUUGCUAAGUUCUUUUCAACAGGGCGCACAGCCAAGCUAAGGACUGAGAUCUCAGGCUUCGCUCAGAGGAACAAUGAGACAUUUGCUGAAUCUUGGGAAAGGUUCAAGGGUUAUACCAGUCAAUGCCCUCAUCAGGGCUUCAACAAUGAGUCUUUGCUCUCUACACUCUAUAGAGAAAACAUUGCUAACUCAAAUGGGAGCUAUGGAGAGGAGUUUGAUCGCACAAGCCUUAACUCGAUCCACAACUCGAUCGAGUCAGUUGCACAACUACGCCAGGACAUGCAUGCUCUCAAUUCCAAGUUAGACAAACUGAUCCUAGCUCAGUUAAGUGCGAAGAAUGUCAACCCUGUUUCUGGAAAAGUUCUAGUUCAAGAUCAGGAAGGGGAGGAUAAUCCAUAUGCUGAACCAGCCAACUAUCAAAGGCAACAACAUAGUCUCCCACCUGGAUUUGCCCCCAUAUCAUUUCAGGCCCCACCCACUCAAGAUUGGGAUAUGAAAGACAUGCUAAAACAGCUUUUACAAGGGCAGGCCAAGGGUACAUUGGAGAUGAACAACAAUUUAGUUGAGAUUGACUUCAAAAUUGAAUCACUUAAUUCAAGGGUGAAAACAAUCGAAUCUUCUGGUGCCUCUACUUCAUUAACAAAGGCGUAUGCACAUGCAGUAACACUAAGGAGUGGUAGACAGCUAUGCAGUCGAGAUGGUAUACCUCAAAUCGCUGUGAACAUCGAUGACGAGGAAGGAGAGGAUCUAGUUGAGUUUUCAGACAUUCUGACGCAGUCGGAAAACCCUAGGAAUAGCAAGCACUAA